UCGCCCGAGCACAGUCGAAACUCAAAAAUUGAAGGCAAAAGUUGAAGGAAGCUUCACUCGAGACUAAAACCAAAAAACAAAAAGAAUUUUCUUUGUCUAGACAGGAUUGUGCGUAAAAAGAACAAAAACCAAAAAUGUCUAUUGUACCACUGCUGCACUUGGCCCGCGAGCUGGAUCACGACUACCGCAGCGACUGGGAACAUUUGCUGGAGGAUGACUUCGGUUUCGGGGUCCAUGCCCACGAUCUGUUCCAUCCGCGUCGCUUGAUGCUGCCCAGCACCGUGGGUCUUGGACGUCGUCGCUACUCGCCGUACGAGAGGAGCCAUGGCCACCACCAUCACCUGGUGCCGCGUCGCUCGUCUGGAGGUCAAAAUUCUCUGCUGCCCGCUGUAGGCAAAGAUGGCUUCCAGGUGUGCAUGGAUGUAUCGCAGUUCAAGCCCAAAGAGCUGACCGUCAAGGUGGUGGACCAGACCGUUGUGGUGGAGGGCAAGCACGAGGAGCGCGAGGAUGGCCAUGGAAUGAUCCAGCGUCACUUUGUGCGCAAGUAUACCUUGCCCAAGGGCUUUGACCCCAACGAUGUGGUGUCCACCGUCUCCUCCGACGGUGUGCUGACCCUCAAGGCCCCGCCACCGCCCAGCAAGGAGCAGGCCAAGGCGGAGCGCAUUGUUCAGAUCCAGCAAACAGGUCCUGCCCAUUUGAGUGUGAAGGCACCCGAAGCUGGCGAUGGAAAAGCCGAAAAUGGCGGCGGCGAGAAAAUGGAGACUGGCAAGUAAGGAACAAGAAGAGAAGGCCGAAGAAGAAGAAGAGAUUCGCUGGCGAAGAAUAAGAGAAAGAAGAAUUUAAAAGGGAAAUGAAGAAACGGGAGUGUUGCAGCGCUGCUCGGAGAGUGCAAGACUAAAAAGGAUACACCACAAACACACCCAAUGUAUUACCCUCUCACGAACACAUUCAUACACAUCAUCACAUCCUAGGCUAAGAGAUUUUAAAAUCCAUUUAUCAUAAUGCAUAAAAAACCCAUGUUAGUGUGUAUGAUUAGGCUAAACAACUGGAGAAUUCAUUGCUCCCUUUGAGUUAAUACUUUUUGAAACAAGAACAGGCGCAACACUCGGGAGAAUUUUGCAUUUCAUUUGUGAAUAAACGUAUACAAUAAAUACGAAAAACGAAAAGAA